AUGUCUGAACAAACUCAGGGUAUUCUUAUUGGGUUUGAUAAUCUGGAUGGGGUGAUUCGCAUAAUACGUGAAGCUUCAAGUAACUCUGCUGCAGCAGUUGGUUUACGCAAUGCAUUCAGUCUUUCUGAGAAACAAGCUGAAGCUCUUUUGGACAUUAGCCUAAGAAGACUGACCCUUCGUGAGAGUGGAAACUUUCUGGCUGAAAGUAAAUCUUUGAUGGAACAAAUUUCCAAGUUAGAGGAUCUGCUGUCCAGCCGGAAAAAUAUACUCGAGCUUAUAGAACAAGAAGCAAUUGAAUUGAAGAAUAAGUUUGCCAAUCCAAGACGUUCAAUGUUGGAGGACACUGAUAAUGGUCAGCUUGAAGACAUUGAUGUUAUUCCAAAUGAAGAUAUGUUAUUGGCACUUAGUGAAAAAGGUUAUCUGAAACGGAUGAAGCCAAGCACUUUUAACCUACAAAAUCGGGGAACAAUAGGAAAAUCUGUAGGAAAACUAAGAGUGAAUGAUUCAAUGUCUGAUUUUCUUGUUUGUCGGGCACAUGAUCAUGUUCUAUAUUUCAGAUACUUUGAAUAUGGCAUGGCAUGUGAAAAUUUCAGUGAUAAGGGAACAGUAUACUCGGCUCGUGCCUACAAAAUUCCUGAAUGCAGCAGGACUGCUGCUGGAACGCCACUUGUUCAUAGUGCAAUAAAAGAAUUUGAAGUUAUGUAUGGAGAGAAAUGGACAAAGAAAUUGGUUUUGAACGAAAUACUUAAGCUGGUGCUAGAAUUUCAAGCAACUGUAGGAUCUGGGAAAGGCUUUGACCCAUUAUGGAUUUUAUCUUUAUCUGAUGGUGAAAGAAUAACAUCCAUUAUUCCUGUGAGCGAGUUUGCGGAGGAUCAGUUUUUGCUGAUGCUAACAAUGCAAGGCUAUAUCAAGAGAGUAUCCUUGAACUUGUUUUCAUCCAUCAGGUCUACCGGAAUCAUUGCUAUUCAGUUGGUUCCUGGUGAUGAACUGAAAUGGGUCCGUCUUUGCACACAUGAUGACUUUGUGGCCAUGGCUUCACACAAUGGAAUGGUCAUGCUGUGCCAAUGCAAUUCGCACACUAAGUAG